AUGGGGGACCCCCUAUCAGACUGCAGCCCCCUCAUCAGCGCAGCAGCCUCAGGAAAGCUCCGUCUGGUUCGCCUGCUGGUGGAAGGCGGGGCUCAGGUCAACAGGCGCAACCCCAGAGGAGAGACGGCUCUGCUGGCUGCCUGUAAGGCCCUGAGAGGGGAGCCUGCUGGGCCUGAAACUGUGAAACUCCUCACAUACCUGCUCCAGAACAAGGCCAAUCCAAACGCACAGGACUGUGCUGGCCGUACUGCUCUAAUGUACGCCUGUAUGGAGCGAGCAGGAGCUCAGGUGGCAUCCACCCUGCUGUCUGCAGGAGCCGACCCCAGCAUGGAAGACUACUCUGGAGCCUCAGCUUUGGUGUACGCCAUCAAUGCACAGCACCAACCGACGCUGGAGGUGUUGAUGGAUGCCUGUCGGGCCAGGGGUCGUGACAUCAUCAUCAUCGCCACAGAGAUGGGUGUGAAUGGGGGCCCAGUGACCAGACGUUACCUGAAUGUUCCUCCAUCCCCUGACACCUCGCCGGUGUCCUGCAUGUCCCCGUCUGACAUCGUCCUCAAGACAGGUUCACCCAACUCACCUGAGGGAGAAAACAUAUUCAACUUCAGAGGAACCAGCAAAAGGGGAAGCGGCAGCAGCAGCAGCAGCAGACAUCCCUCCUGUGAGCUGAGUCCACUGAGCCAGUGUAACACUCCACCUCCCAGACAGAGGGUGUCGUCUGAACCAUGGCUGGCCAUUCACAACCUGGCCUGUCUGAACAGAGCUUACGAGGAGGGCACGAGGGAGAGGAGCCUGCAUGAGGAGGGAGACAGAGAGGAUUUAAGAUGGGAGGGAGGAGGGAGUGAAGAUGAGGGAGGAGAGGAUGAGGGCGAGGAGUCACAUUUCCAUCAAUCCAAGGUGGAAGAAGAGAGGAGAGAGAGAAUGGUUCACAGGAGGUUUAAGAGAUACGGAGGAGAGAAUUACAACAGCUGCCGUGAGGAUUUCCUUCCGAGGGUCUCUCAGUCAGUCCUCUCUCUCACAGAGAUGAGUUUGUCUCAGGCAUCCUCGAGCAGACUGGCCCCCCAGAACUGUCUGACACCUGGAGGGUCAACGUUGGACAAAACAACCCAAAACAACUCUGGUGAUAAGCUUCCUGCCUGCCCGUCACCUCACUCCCAACUCCGCAGGAAUACCCUCCCCUCUGUCAUGGUGGUCCCACCUCUGCUUCACCUCCCUCCCUUAGUCAACCAAUCAGACUCUCAUCUACAGGUACCGACCCAGGCUUCACUCUCCAAAAGCAGGAGCAUGGUGUUUCUGCCUCAUCCGCCCAGCUCCUCUACACCCCCCUCUUCAUCCAGAGCAUCUGUAAGACCAGCAGUACUCCCUCCUCUCCCCCACGCCGUCUCGGUCACCUCCCUGGUUGCUCCUCCCACCUCAUGCUGCAAUGAGAGGAGCAGGAGGUCGCUACGUCGUCACUCAGCGCAGCUUGAACAGAUCAGAGGAGAAGAGCAGAUGAACCACUUUGGCCUUUGAGACUGAGAUUUGUUUCUGUUGGAAAAAAACUUCCAUCCCUCCAUGAUGAAAUUCUUUGACUUGAGAAAGUACAAAGUUUAAUCUCAAAUUAAGCAGCAGUCAGAAUGCUAGGA